CUUUUUUCUUGCGUGCGCUUUAAAAUUAAACAUUUAUACUUCAUUCUCUUUUCUAAUUUCAAAUUCAAAUUCCACAAAAUAAAGCCCUUUUCAUGACUCUUAUUGACUUGACCUUCGAGGAUGACGACAACGAGUCAGUGGCCGCCGAGCUGGGCCUCGAAGCCACACGCAUACCACCAAGCCGCAGCCACAGCAAUGUCUCCGCAGCGAAUUCAAAAAUGCCGACCAUAGCCGACAACGUAAUAAUAACCAGCUCGCCUGAGCCUGAGCUCCAGCCCAGGCCCGAGCUCGAGUCGGAACAGUGGCAGAGGGAUCCAGACUUGCAAAUUGGUGACAAACUUCCUGGCCGCAAACGACUGCACUUGCCAGCAGAUGUGCAGGAGAUCACGGAUGUUGCCGAAACGCCACCCGCGCGAGAGCGCAGCCACAGGCCGUUGAAUUCCGAUGCAGUUGUAAUCGACAUCGAGGACAGCCCACAGGUGGCAGGCCAGGGGAAAUUAUCGUAUGUUCAGAGGUUUGCGCCGAUUCUGCCGGGCCCGCCGGUGCCCGCCAUACGGCCGACGCCCGGGGUCACUACUUCUAGCAACAGGCUUAUGUCGCUCUACUCCAAUGUCAGCGGCGCAGUGUCCGGGGACACGCCGUAUUCGAGAGUGCGGUCCCAGCCUCCCAAUGUGUAUUCCGGGUACCAGGCACCGUCGCUCGCCAGCCGGUUCCCGCCCUAUGCUAUGAGCACGGGUGCGACGCCAACAAUGGCGAGUUCGCGUUAUUCCCAAAGCCCAGCUCUGGGACACCAGCCCAGCCUGGUUCAGUCGCCUGCCCCAACACCUUCGCCGCUAGCCUCUGCGCCGUUGGACUCGCAGUCGCAGCUUCAUAUGAUCGGGCAGCUGCGCGCCGUGGCGGUGAUAUCUACGGCCUCGACGUACUUCCACGAGGGCACCGCCAUGUACAUACCGACAACCCUGCGGAACCGAACCGGUUCCACAAAGGAGGUGCAGCUGCUGGAUAGCAGGGAGAGGUUGAUCGGCACUCUGGAGAACUCAAUGACAACGACGAUCCACGCGCUGCUUUCCGACGGGGACAUCAAAGUAGCGGCGACGACUAUCGGCCCGCUGAAGGGGAAAUACGUCUCGCCCAUGAUGCUCUCGUUCUACGCUGACCGCAACAUUUCCCGGGAGGUGGUCCGGAUUCUCGAGAGAUCCGGCCUGUACCUGGACCAAUCCUCAGAGGAGUCCCAGUCGGCCCUACGGGAACUCAACCAGGAUAGCAAUGUGCUGACCAGGGGGAUGGCCUACGUAGCCAGGCACCCGACGAGGACUGACGACGGCCUUUUGGCCAUCGACACGAAUUCAGACUCACACAUACCGAGCGUCUUCACAAAUAUGAGCCUCAAGCCGCAGACCAGGAGGGGCGACGGGUCCAGAGGAGAUUUCAUACCGCGACCAAAGCCCAAGCAACCCGGACAGCUGUUGCCACAGAGCAUGCACGUGGAUAAGUUUGAAGACACACCCGAGGAUAACAAGAUGCGGUUGGCCGAUAUUAAAUCAACUUUUGUCACGCUUCUCGAUCUGCCCGAGAUUGACCCGCCGCCGCAGAUCACCACUACAUUGCGCAGGCACCAGAAGCAGGCGCUGUUCUUCAUGAUGCACCGCGAGACGGAGGGCGUGGACAUUGAGGAGCCUGGCGCGAGAGAUAUGCUGGGGUUUCCGAAACUCUGGCUGCCGCUGGAGCACCAUCCUGGAGAGUACAAACAUGCGCUGGUUAAUAUUACGAGUGAUAUGCGGCCGGCUUCCUUUUUGGGCGGGAUUCUGGCCGACGAUAUGGGGCUGGGUAAGACGCUGUCGAUUAUAUCGCUGGUGCUGAAGUGUAAGCCCGCUUGGCGACGCGGCACUCGGCUAAAAUUUGUCAACAGCAGUGGCAGUGGCAGUGGCAGUGACAGCGGUGCUGGUGCUGGUGCUGGUUUUGAGGGUGAUAGGGGACGCGAUCGGAGAACCGUGAGGGGCCGUCUGCGGCCGCUGAUCGGCCGCAUAGUUCAAGACAAAGGGCGCGCAGGGUCUCCGAUGCGCGUGGACAAGGGCAAACACAGUGUGAUUGAGGAGCCUGCCGGCGAUGUCAGCGUGGUCAUCAAUAGCGGCGACGACGACAGCGACUAUUUUACAAAUCUGCCAGCAGCCAAGAAGCCUAGACUUUCGCAGGACAUCAGCAGUGAUUCGGACCACCUGACGGACGACCCAUUGAGCACACCCGCAGCCUCCAAGAAUCACAGCGACAGAGCUGAUUCGUCUGCCACUUCAACGAGAUCUCUGGCAACGGCCAGGCUGGAUAAAAACAGCAACACUAGCAGCAGCAGCAGCAGCAGCAGCGACUCGGACGACGGGCAGAGUGACUACGGGGCGCCCAUGGCGUCUGGUGGCCGUCCGAUGACGCCGCCGCCAGAGUUUGAAAACAAGAAGACGCGGAACAAGGACCUGUGCGAGCGUAUUUUCGCGGCCAACCACCACGGAUGGUACGCCGGCGGCACGCUGAUCGUUUGCCCCCUAUCAACGAUGGGCAACUGGGAGGAACAGGUGGCCACACACGUGCGGCCGUGCACCUUAACAGUCCAAGCGUACCACGGGCCGACGCGCGUGCGCGAUCCCAAAAAGCUCUGCCAGUACGACAUAGUCCUGACAACUUACAAUGUGCUGCAGAGCGAGCUUACGAAGGAGAGACGGCAGCUGAUCUGCGUGGAUUCGGGGCAGGGUUUGGAUGCGGGGAGGGCGACGUUCGAGAGCAGUUCGGAGGGGGAGUCUAGUACGAAGGUGUAUUGUGUCCCCGAGGAUCCUUAUGUGUCGCCGUUGCAGGCUGUGCAUUGGCAUCGGGUGGUACUGGAUGAGGCGCAUGCGAUCAAGGAGAGGCGAACGGUGGCUAGCCAGGCGGCCUGUGCGCUGACUGCCAGCCGAAGAUGGUGUUUGACGGGGACGCCGAUCCAGAACCGGCUUGACGACCUGUUCAGCCAGCUGCGGUUUCUGCACGUGCAACCGCUGGAUAACUGGAAAGUGUGGCUGACAUACAUUGGGGCGCCCUUCCACGACAACAUCCGCGAGUACAUCGACGCCGACACAACCGAGGGCAUGACAGCGUGCAAAAUGGGCGAGGGAAAUGCUGGGGCGCAACGCGUCCAGCGGCUGAUGCAGAGUAUUUGCUUGCGGCGGAUGAAGCAGCAGAUUGACUCCAAGACCAAGCGCACGAUGAUCGAGUUGCCGCCGAAAUUCGAGGUUAUCCGGUGGUUGGAGUUGUCUGGCGGAGAGCGGCAGCUGUAUCAGAUGGCGGAGGAUAUUGCAAAGGCCAAGUUUGAGAAUAUGUCGAGGAGUGGCACGCUGAUGAAGAACUAUAUGAAUAUUUUGAAGAUCAUCCUGAGGCUAAGGCAGCUGUGCACGCACCCAAGGCUGUGGUCUGAGGAUAAGUGGAAGGAGGCUAGGGUGCUUGGUGCCGACGCGGGGAUUGCGUCUGGAUCUGGAUCUGGUACGACUGGUGCUGCUGCUGGUUCUGGUGCUGGCGCUGUGGUGGUGUCUGAGGAGAGCAGCGAUUCCGACGCCAAGGCUGAGCCCAAGGUCAGCGCCAAGGCCAAGGCUGAGGCCAAAAUCGAGCCAAAAGCUGAGGCCAAGAUCAAGCCAAAAGCUGAACCCAAGCUAAAGGUCAAGCCAAAGCCAGAGUCCAAGCCUAAACUCAAGGGCGAGUCCAGGUCAGAGACUAUCAAGCCUGAGGCCAAGCCCUCCACUAGCGACCUGCACUCUGUCUCUGCCGUUGACCUGUGCGACAUGGUCAUGGGUGAUGCCAGCAUAUCCGGAAACAGCCAGCAGCAGCAGCAACAGCAGCAUCUAACAGCGCAGUCAGAGUUUUUUGAGCAGUGGGCUAAGCGGUCCCUGGUCAUGGGUGACCUCGUCCCGUGCGAUUUCUGCGGCGAGCGGGCGCUUCCAGCGGGCAUAUCCCUGCAGCGCAACCGAUUCGAGGCAGCCGACCUUCCGGGGCCAGUCGUCACACGGUGCGGGCACAUUGGUUGCCACCAAUGCCAGCUGGCGCUGUUCGGCGUAGGCGGGACCAACGCGAUGACGGAGUGCGUGCUUUGUGGGGAUAUGGUCGGGCAGAGCGAUAUCGUAUGGCUGCCAGCAUCGGUGGUGUUUAACGAUGCGCAGAGCGGACAUCGGGUGGGUGCAGCGACCAUGGAUCAGCAGCAGCUGCAGCAGCGUGAGCAGCACCUGGCGGAGGCGGCCGAGGGCAGCGAGUACAAUGAGCUUAACCGGCUAUGUCGCGAGCAGGAUAGCAGCACAAAGGCAACGACGCUGAUGCAGGAUAUAGAGAAGAUCCGCAGCCGGCGAUGGAUCAGCGAUGCGCAUUUCGGGGUUGACCAGGACCACCCCCUGGUGCAGGCGCGCAAGGCUGAGCUCCAUGCGAACCGUGGGAUCCGCGAAAAAUGCGUGGUGUUCUCGCAGUGGACCACAAUGCUUGAUCUUUUGGAGCCGCUCCUGCGGCAGCGCGGGAUCCGGUUUGUGCGGCUGGACGGUAAGAUGACCCGGAGUGCGCGCGAAACCAGCCUGCGUGCAUUUAAGAGUGACCCUGGGGUGGAAGUGAUUCUGCUUUCCCUGCGGGCGGGCGGCGUUGGCCUGAACCUGGCGUAUGCUUCGCAUGUGUUUUUGAUGGAUGCAUUUUGGAACCCCAGUGUGGAGCAGCAGGCGAUUGAUCGAAUUCACCGGCUGGGGCAGAAGAGCCCGAUUACGGUGACGAGGUACUUUAUUAAGGACAGUAUUGAGGAGAAGAUCAUGAAGUUGCAGAGAAGGAAGGCGAGGAUCGUGGAUAUUUCGCUGAUGGAUAGCACGAGGAAUCGGAACCCGGGUGAGGCUGAGGAGGGUGAGGAGCUGGCUAUCAGCAUGGGGACGCAUUCGCGGCAGCAGAGGCUGGACGACCUCAAUAUGCUGUUUGGAUAGAAAAGAAAGGAAAGGAAAGGAAAGGAAAGGAAAAGAAAUGAAUAUAAUUUUUUUUGGUUUGGGAAUAGAGUGGAGAAUGUACGCGUUGGAUAUGCAACGCGUAAAUAAAAAGUAGAGAAAAAAAUGAUUUUGCGCGUUUAACUUUUUUUUUUUUCUCUCUAUUUUUCGUGGCGGCAGAAUUUUGCGCAGUGUUAUUAUCCUUCUGGCAUUCAUUCUUUUUCAGGGUGAGAUUUUUUGCCCCUCCUUUUUUUAGUUUUCAGGUU